UAUAAAGAUGGGAUGUGUAAGUGGGACACAAGGUCAAAAUGGGUGCUGGCUGCUCUUCCUCUUCUUCAUUCUCCCUUUCUUUACCCAAUCACCAUUGCUUUUCAUCCACUCUCCAUCACCCCAAAUCAACAUCGACAUUCAUUCUCUCCACUCACACUUAUUCCCAAUUCCACAAAUCUUCAUCAAAGUUCUCAAUAAAUUCGCCACCCAAUUGCGGCAGCGGCAGCAUUCCAGAAAUCAAAACCACCCAACAAAAAAGCUUCGUGAAAAACCCCAUGUCUGAUCCUCACACAAUCGACUCGGGAUUACUUCAAAAGCUGGUUUAUGAUGCUCUCGUUUGGAGCUCUCUUCAUGGGCUCGUUGUUGGGGACAGAAACGUCCAGAGAUCAGGAUCGAUUCCUGGAGUCGGUUUGGUUCACGCCCCAAUUGCAUUACUACCAUAUUCGUUUCCAGAAAGCCACUGGAAGCAAGCUUGUGAGUUAGCCCCCAUUUUCAACGAGUUAGUAGACCGAGUUAGUUUGGAUGGCAAGUUUUUGCAGGACACUCUCUCAAGAACAAAGAAAGUGGAUGCCUUCACCUCCAGACUUUUAGAUAUACACUCCAGGAUGCUGCAAAUCGGCAAGAAGGAGGAUAUUCGCUUGGGAUUACAUCGCUCUGAUUAUAUGCUUGAUGAAAAUACAAAUUUACUUCUCCAAAUAGAGCUCAACACAAUAUCAUGUUCAUUCUCAGGGUUAAGUUGUCUUGUUAGUGAGCUUCAUAGGAGCUUACUCUCUCAAUAUAAAGAACACUUAGGGAUUGAUUUCGGAAGGAUUCCGAAAAAUAAUUCAGCAAUUAAGUUUGCUGAGGUGUUGGCAAAGGCAUGGAUGGAAUAUAACAAUCCAAGUGCUGUAGUUAUGGUGGUUGUUCAACCUGAAGAACGGAAUAUGUAUGACCAACAUUGGCUCAGUGCAACCCUCACUGAAAGACAUAAUGUUAGAACUAUUCGGAAGACAUUGGCGGAAAUUGAUGCACAAGGGAAGACACUUUCAGAUGGAACUCUUGUAGUGGAUGGUGAAACGGUUGCAGUCAUAUAUUUUAGAGCCGGAUAUGCACCUAACGAUUAUCCUUCUGAAUCAGAGUGGAAAGCUAGGUUGCUUAUGGAGGAAUCUGUAGCUAUCAAGUGUCCUUCAAUCUCUUAUCAUUUAACUGGCACCAAGAAAGUUCAGCAGGAGCUUGCAAAACCUAAUGUACUCGAGAGGUUUCUUGAUAAUAAAGAUGACAUAGCAAAGCUUCAGGCAUGCUUUGCUGGAUUAUGGAGUUUGGAUGAUUCAAAUGCUGUCAAGAAUGCUAUCGAGCAGCCAGGAGCAUUUGUCAUGAAGCCACAAAGAGAAGGCGGAGGUAACAACAUUUAUGGGGAUGAAGUGAAGGAAACGCUUGUAAGAUUGCAAAAAGAAGGAUCCGAAGAAGAAGCAGCAGCAUACAUUCUCAUGCAAAGGAUUUUCCCAAAAGAUUUCCCGACACUUCUUGUUCGAGAAGGUAUCUGCUAUAAAGAACAGGCCAUUUCUGAACUCGGGAUAUUUAGUUCAUAUCUAAGAAACAAGGAGAAGGUGAUUGUUAGUGAGCAAUGUGGUUACCUGAUGCGUACUAAAGUUUCUUCAUCAAACGAGGGUGGUGUUGCUGCUGGAUUUGCGGUUUUGGACAGUUUGUAUUUGACUUGAUUUCACCUUUCUUUCCCCUAAUAAUAAUAAUAAUAAUAAUAAUUGGUGGCUUCAUCAAGACCUAAUCACUUUCUGUUUUCCAUUUUCUCUUAUGUAACAUACUUGUACUUUAUUCUUAUUGCAACAUUUUGUAGACUGUUUUUUAAAGGAAUAGAAUCUGUCACAGGAAUUGGAAUCAUAA